AAAACGCGCGCAGAGCAGAGGAAGGGGGUGAAAAAUACUCGUCUUGGCUCUCAAUGUUGGUGUUGGCGCUCGUCGCCGCCGUCUAGCGUCAUUUUCACUGCCACUCGGGUGCAAACACCACCUCGAAAUUUCUCACCGUCUUUCGCUACUCGCUGCUCCAACACUUCAAUAUGCCCGCUCGGAACAAGGAUCAGGAGGCUGAGGUGCUCCAGUGGAUUUUCAACGUGAUCGGAGAACCGUUGCCGUCUGGACAGUACGAGGACGUCCUCAAGGACGGCGUCGUGCUUUGCAACCUGAUCAACAAGCUGGCACCUGGCUCCGUCAAGAAAAUCCAGACCAAGGGAACAAACUUCCAGCUGAUGGAAAACAUUCAGAGAUUUCAGCAAGCAGUCCGUAAAUAUGGCGUUCCAGAUGAAGAGAUUUUUCAGACUGCCGACCUUUUCGAGAGGAGAAAUAUUCCACAGGUUACCCUGAGCCUCUACGCCCUUGGAAGAAUAACGCAGAAGCAUCCUGAGUAUACCGGCCCGACUCUCGGCCCAAAGAUGGCUGAAAAGAAUGAACGCGAGUUUACGGAAGAUCAGUUGCGCGCCAGCGAGGGUCACCUUGGACUGCAAAUGGGCUUUAACAAGGGAGCCUCACAGUCUGGCCAUGGCGGCUUUGGCAACGCGAGACACAUGUAAAUUACUAAAAGCGCGUCAUUAAAAAUGCUUUUUGUGUCCAAGCUAUAAUUUUGUUUCUCAAACUUUCUGGAUGAGCGGUAAAAACGUUUUUUUCUUGUAUAAAUAAUUAUUAAGUGUUUUAAGAUGUUGAAAAUUGUUGUGCCUUAUCAAUAAAGUAAUAUUUGAUGUCAAUGAAAACA